AUGGAGACCAACGCCGCAUACGUGCCGCCGGCUGCCACAACCCCUCCGACCUCAUCCAGGGGGGAUGCGAAAACACCGCUGGAUGCCAAGACCGCCUUCCGAACCCAAUGGGGAUUGCACUUGCUGUUCGAACCUGAUGCUUUGGACCUAUGGAUACAACGCCAGGUGGAGACCCGAGAAGGCGGGGGAUACCGUGACAUGGCCACGGGGGAGCUGCUGGGAGCAAGUGAGGAAGCCUCUUACGAUAGGCACAGGACCGGCGAACAAGCAGACCGCCUAGUCGGUAUCGUUGACAAAUGGCUGCCUGAUGUUUCGGCAGAAAACAGGGCGUUCGUAAUGAAGUUCCAAGAGAAAGUGAAGACCAUGCUGGCCAAGGCAUGGAAGUUGCGCCGCAAGUUGAAGGCAAAGAAAAAGGAAAGGAAAAGAUGCAGGGGGGAACGCGAUGCCGCAGAAGCCGCUACACUGCCAACGAGUGUGCGAGAAGAGCAGGAGACGCCACCUGACUGGGGGAGCGCCGACGAGACGUACAAUGGCCGUGGGGAGCUGAGGGAAGACCGUCUGACCGAGAUGCAAACCAAAGGCGACCCAGUGAGCCAGAGGGGGAGCCGCGGACCAAGCGUAUGCGGCCACCUACACCUACAGGAGGACCACAAGGGAAUGCCGCACGGCGGUGGGUCGCCGAAAAUCGGUCGUGUGGGAGCCCUUGCGCCGUGGCUCAUUUCGAGUGUUGGGCAGUGGGUGGCAGGUGGCAGCUGCCCCGGAGACAUCGUUCUGAUUCAUGAUCAAAGUUGUCCAGAAAUGCCGAGCUCCAUAUCCGGGACAGCGACGUUGACCAUACAGAUCCAGAACAAGGUCUUUGCGGGAGAAGAUGCUGAGUUGGACGGCGAAGAGUGGCAUCCAUUUGAGGCUGCCUCUGCCGAGAACACAUCCGUGGAAGCAUCAAGCACCCAAGUGAAUCCCAUUGCCGAGCCGAGGCCACCGCCACCGCCAGACUUGGACGGUGGUGCGUUUGAAGAGCCUCCACCGCCUCCACAGGUGUCAUCAUCCGUGCCCGGUUCAAUGAAGGAGGAACCGCCACCUGCGCCCAGUUCUCCUGGGGCUGAUGUACCGCGUCAGCUCAUGGACGAGCAUGUUCGAGCACGCAUGCAGUGGAUAGGUGGCAAAGCAGGGCUUCCUGCCGAGGCCGACCACGAUGCAGCCGGGAAGCGACCGAAGCGGUCCAAAGAGAUGUCUGAGGUGGCGCCGGCUGCACUGCCCACAGCGCGAGCAGCCCAAGCAAAAGCAGAGGCAGCACAACACAAGACAGCAGAGGCAUCACCCCAAGCAAAAGCACGCGCAUCGCCGCCGGCCAAGCACUCCAAUCCAGUGCUGGAUCCUAAAGUCGCUGCUGCUUGGGGGCUGCCGAGCUUGCAAAGUACAGCAGACGGCAUUGCUGCAGAACUCCCCAAAGUGAACCUGGACAGCGACACGGCAGAAAGUUUGAGGAAAAACCAAAGCCACAAGCAAAGGGCUGUGAAGGAGAGCGAAAGAUGUGAAGAUGGCGAGCUUUUGAAGACCAAAGCCACGCACAAGAACAAGAAAAAGAAAGGGGAGAAGAAGAUGAAAGUAUCGAAGGUCGAUGAGUCCACGAGCAGGACAUCCGGUCGAAAACGGAAGCAAAAAGACAAAAAGUCACGGCUCAAGUCGGUCAAGGAGAGCAAGACGUCAAAGUCGAACGGAACGACGGGGCUGUCUCAAAAGAAGAAGAAGGACUCCUGGGGUACUUCAAUCACUACUUUGACAGCAGCUCUUGCAGAUGAUGUCUCCGACGACCCGACUCAAGUUGCAGAGGAGUCAGAUGAUGCUACGCAGAUUGCUGACGAGGAUCUCGAGCCAACUUCACCAGCCUGUCCGCCUUCAUCUCCGUCCGACCAGAUGGAGGAGGUCCGAAUGGCCGCGACGGUGAUGAAGCCCCAGAGAAGAGAUGGCAAAAUGCGUGUGCAAAUCAUGCCUGUUUCUCGAGACAUGGAUCAGUUGUACACGUGA